CAGGAAGCAGAGCGUUAUUACGCCUGAAAUUAGGGCGUUAUAACACCGUAAAAUAAAAAAGUGUAUUCCUGGCGGAGAUCAGCAACCGUAUUUGGGGGAUUUAUUUAUUGCAAAAUGGUCGAGCAGAUAAGUGAUUAGUGUGGUUCCCUGACCACAGAUUUCCCUGACGUCUCUAUACAUAAUCUUAGCGGGAGUAGUCGGAAUUAUGGGGACUGGUAUCCAAAGCAACAUAAACGUUCGUAUUCGCGAAUACGCUGCGCGUCUUUUACAAGACGGCCACAGAGAUGUGUAUGGAUCGUGACGUCGGGGGGCCGGGGGUGAGAGGCAAAUAGACUGGAAAAUACCUAAAUAAUGAUAAAUGUUCUUCCAACUCAUGAUGAAGCUAGGAACCAUUUGCUUGGUAUCUGCCAGUUUCCAAUUGAUAAUGUUGGCAGAGUUUGUAUCCACUGUGAAAUACAGUUUCCUUGUUGAAACUGACAAAGCAGUAGCAGAACUGAACAACUUCUGGGCGAGUACUGGUUUCUGCCCUCCUCUUCCACAUCAGAAGUCAUUUGAAUAUUUCCUAAGUGAAUCUGAACUACAGAAUCUGAUUCUAAUUGGUUCUGUGCCACAUGGAGGCAUUCAGCAAGUGCGUAUACACUGGCUGCUAGAUCUCAUCACACUCAGUGUCAAUAGUUUGACUGGACAGAUCAGCCUGAACUUUGACCUGUUAGAUCAGCUGGUAGACCGACUGUGGAGCAAUGGACUACGGCCGGGCUUUGAGCUUAUGGGGAACCCAUCCAACUGGUUCACUGACUUUGAAGACACUGAUCAGGUCUAUGUGUGGAGAGAUAUGGUCACAGCAUUAGCCAAGAGAUACAUAGAUAAAUAUGGUUUGGAUUAUGUGGCAAAGUGGAACUUUGAGUCCUGGAAUGAACCAGACCACAAAGAUUUUGAUAAUCUUAACUUCACGGUCCAAGGAUUUUUGAACUAUUACGAUGCCUGCUCUGAAGGCCUGAGAGUGGCAAGUCCCAAACUCCGUCUUGGUGGGCCAGCUGGUGCCUGUCGUGAGCCAUCAUUUUCAGUUAUAUGCUGGGCAUUGUUGCAACACUGUGAGAAUGGUACUAAUUAUUUCACCGGAGAGACCGGAGUGCGCAUUGACUUUAUCUCCUUCCAUCAUAAGGGCAAAGGUCAUUCGAUGUACAUACUAGACACAGAGAUCCAAACCAUUCAGCGUAUACAGAGACUCUACCCAUGCUUGGCCAGUGUUCCAAUAUUCAAUGAUGAGGCUGAUCCUUUGGUUGGGUGGAGUAAGCCAGAGGAAUGGAGAGCUGAUGCAACAUAUGCUGCAGUAGUUGUCAAGGUCAUUGCUCACCACCAAAAUUUGCUGAUAAGACAACGGCCUGACGUGAACUACGCACUGCUUAGCAAUGACAAUGGUUUCUUAGACUUCAACCCACACUUCUUCACUCAGCGGACAUUGGUAGCACGGUUUCAGAUGAAUGAGACCCAUCCACCCAGCAUACAGACUGUAAGGAAACCAGUGCUGAGUGUGAUGGGCCUGCUGGCCCUACUUGGAGAGACGCAGGUGCAGGUUGUUUCAGAUACUGGCAAAGGUGGAAACAACAGUGAUGUAGGAAUCUUAGCAUCAGUGCACCAUGCAUCAGCAGCCAGUGGAUCGCAUGACAGUUGGCAGGGGAGCAUUAUCAUCUACAACAGCAAUGACACCAGCAAUCUAACAGGCACAGACAACAUCACACUCACUGUGACAGGAGUACCAACAACUAAUCAAUUAAGUAUGGUCUACAUUGUCUAUCUGGUAGACAACACACAUGGCAACCCCUACAGACCGUGGAAGGCCUUUGGUAAACCAGUCUAUCCCACCAGAAAACAAUUUGUGGAAAUCAGAAAACAUCAGGAUCCCUUGAGAAUUAAAGGACCAAAUCUGUUCACGGCACCCAAGAUGACAUUUAACUUCAACUUGAGCAAACCUGGGGUCAUGCUGUUCCAUUUAUGUGCCAAACCCUCCGAAAAGCCACCACAGGUGAAGAGCGUCAAACUCCACUCUGUUACACAGACUGACGUUCUUGUGAGCUGGGAGGAUGUUUCGUCAUGUUGCCUUUUAACAUACCAGGUGGAAUUCUCUCCAACCAAGCAAGGGCAGUAUGUCCAAAUCAGCGAUGUUGAUCUCAUAUUUACAUCGUAUCUUUACUCCAUUGAGUCUGCAAAUCCUUCAUUGCGAUACUCCUCUACCCAAGGCUGGUACCGUGUGAGAGCAGUAGAUUACUGGAAUCGGUCUGGGAUGUAUUCAACACCAAUUGAGUUGAAAUGAAGCAUCCAUCACCAGUUGAUAGCUUUCCAAGAAGUCUUUCAGAUGAUCCCUGCUCCCUCAAGACAGUUAGUGCUUUCUUCUUUCCAGCAUCAGGGACGGGUCUUGAAGUAGAUGGCUGAUGAAUUCUCUGGUUUCUCCACUGAUGCCUUGAAGCCUUUAAUCGGUGGUCCGUCUUCUGUAAACAUGGUACUGUUGUAUCAGGUUUUCUCCUCUCCUCGAUCUACUUUGUGAGCACUGUCAUUUCUUUUAUUCCCUGCCUAUGUAUUGCAGUUUUACUGUGGAGGGGUUCAGCUUAUAUCCCAUCCUGCUUGUCUUGGAAGGUUACCUUUACCAUGAGUGUUGCAGCAGCCCCUGUAUCCAUUUCCACUUAGAUUGGUUUUCCAGUGUGAGCAGGCCUAAAAUUGAAGGCUUUGGAUCACCAGUUUAAUUGUAAGGAGAGUUCACAGAUCAGGCAGAGGGAUGUUGGAUUUCAUGGUAUGGUACAGCACUAAAGCAUGCCAGACCAGACCGCUGCACACCCUGUCCAAGGGGUCACUCCACUCUUGGAAAGGGGUCUUACAGGCAAUGUAAGCAAAGUCAUGCAACUAGACUCACAAUAAUAUUAAGGGGGGGGGUUGGUGGCGGCAGAGGGUGUUGCAGUGCAGAAGAGGGGCUAUUAUACGCUGAAGGUAGUACCAGGUAAUUGGUUAAUCCAGUGCAGUAACUCCAGCCUUGAUGCUACAUCUGAAAAUGUUUUUGUCAUGAGUAUUAGGGCUGCGGGUACUCAAGUUAUAAAAAUUUAGCUUACAUUUUAUAUAAUUUGUUGACAGACUGUCUUGCAGAACCUGGGCAUUUAUUGCAAGCAACGUUUUUAGUUUUUGUUUGUUACCAGUGAUGUAAAUUUGUGCCAGGACUUGGGGGCGGGGUUAGGGAAUUGACACUAGAGGGAGUGUUCAUGGUAGAAAUGUACGUCUGUAAUUAUGUACAGUGUGUAUUGCAUUUCUGCAGAACCUUACAUCAACAUGGUGCAUUUAUGGCUUAAAAUCAUUCUCCCUUUUUGAGAGCUGUUGAAAUUUCACUACAAAAAAUUGUGGUGGAUGAUUUGAUAGCCCCUCCCCCUGGCGGUUUUCCCCCCACCCAAGAAUAUUUAUCAUCAUCCUGCAGGCAUGAACGGUUAUACAUGAGGGGCGGGCGGGGGGAAUUGUCAUGAACAAAAAAUUGUUGUUCCAGGCGUACCCGUUUGUCAGCAGUAUACUGACAGGUAAGGAUUAAAGAGCUCUCUGCCUAACACAAGUUAUUGAAGUGAAGAGGAACACGCAAGAGCUAUGUAUACAACUCUCAGCUGGUUUACUCUGGUCCUCUGGUUCAAUAGGUACAACACAAAGAUUGAGGAAGGUUCACUGAUAACACACCAAUAUCAAGCGUCCUGAAGCUCACCAGAGGUUUAUUACUCUUGGGUCUGAGGGUUAUUUUGGUAACUUUAUGCAAAUUACCAAAGCCGCUCUCAGUAUCAACCUCAUUAGCACACCUCACAGUGGAAGGUUAUCAACAGAAUCAACCUGUCCACUGUAAAGCUCAAUAAUUAUCGCACAUCACAAUAAUUAUGUGACCACAGAUUAGCUAUUGUCUCCAACCUAUUUUAUGGAUCGACACGUUCAAGGAGCUCUAUGUGUAAGAUCAUAUACAAUAGAUCAUGCACACUAAACCUUGGUAUACGUACACACCAACCAGCACAGUCCUUCCCUGCUCCACCAGCCAAGGCCAGCAACAGCUAUUCUCACAACCUCCCGUCCCGGACUGAGGUUUUACGGUUCAAGAGUAUAACCCUCUCAAUGGAACCCAUUUUACUUACCUUACCAAACUUCUACAGCGUGGCUUACUCUUCGACGACUAAGCAGCUGUCACGAACGUGUGAUUCGUGCUCUCACCUGGGGUAGCACUUUAACCCUAACCCCCAGGGACCAUUGAAAUCUUGCAUAACCUUGUCGGGUUCAACAUGGUUAGGGUUAACGUUAUACAUGUACCAGGAUAUUAUUAGACUCACUGCCCCUAACGGCUCGUUCUGUCACACUGGCCCAGGCUAAGUUUGAAACAUCCUUGUUUCAUUAAGCUUAAUAAGAAGCCUUAUACAAAAAUAAUUUGCAACCAAAAUAGAAGUAGAAACCUCUUUAACCUGUGAUAAAGUAAUACUUUGAACCUCCGAGGCUUACUUUACUUCUUUUAAGCAAACCUCAGUCAACCUCUGCAUCUGCUUGAGGUCUAUAAAUUUCCCUGUUUCAAACCUCACAACUUGUGCAUGUACAUCCUCAACAACAAUAAUACAACACUUUGCUAUAAAACCAAUAAGAUAACACUUUGUUUAAACAACUCAUUGAUAUUAGGAAAAUCAAUAAUAAACUAUUUACAAGAUCUUAGGCUUUAAUCUGACAUCUGUCCCAGUCGUCUUCUACAUCCCUAAUGUCCUUCAAGACUUGUCUUGAACUGGGUUGAGUGGCCAGUCAGUGUCAUGGAACUUGGAUGUUGUCUUAACUGUCUCCUCAUGCUCGAUGCAGACAUUUCCAACAUACACUUGACAUAAGCUUGAAAACAGAGUGUAGUGGUAAAUGUGUACAAAACCUAUGAAGGAAAACUGUAGAUUUAAUCUCAUGUCACGUGACCCCUGAUGAUGUCAUCAUCACAAUGGCGAAUGUUCUUGUUGAAGAUGAGUCUACUGGAUGAGCAGCUGUCUCCAGUGGACACAGAGGUGGCAUGGAUGAAUGGGUGCUGCUUGUGGAAGGUAACUUCUGCUUCAUCUUCUCUAGGAGACCUUGUGGCUUCCCAUGGAGAUCGGAGAAACCGAGGGGACUUUGAUGCAAUCAAGGGGGAGAUCGGCAUCAGCAAAAGACUAAUCAUUGCCACAUCUCCACUUGGAUUACCUUGCUCUGAUGUUGCACCCUCAUUUGGCUUAGGCAUGGGUGGCACUGCUGCUGCUGAAGAGGUAGAAAUAUCUCUUGCAAGCACUCAAGGGAUUGUUGACCCCUCUUCUCCAUCACUUGGAUGAAUUGCCUUCCUUUCAAUCUCCACCUCUUCCAAGAAUUCUGGAUGACGCUGUCUGUAGUGUGUACAGAGAUUAUUUCUUCUGUUGAAGUGGAAUGACACCUCUUGCAGAAGAUGUGGGCUGCUGGGCCAUGAAUCGGCUUCUAAUGCCCCCAGAGGCCCUGUUUCUGCUCGAAACCUCUCCCACAGACUGUGCAAGUAAUCUGCCUCAUCUUCACUGGACUGGCUUUGGGUGGCAUACUGGUCUCAGCUGUUGUG